AUGCUACUCGAAGAACCUCUCAUACGCACACCAUACGAGCUUCUCCGUCGGUCCCAUCGCUCAGCCCAGCGGCAAGUGGAAAAAGAUUUCAUAGCUGUCCAGACCCUACUACAAUCUCUGACGAAAAGUCUAUCCAAAGGGUCAUCAGGGGAAGAAGUCAUAGCUACCGCAAUGAACAAGAUUGAUCAAGCUACCGAUCGAAUCAGAGGUCUCAGACGAAAGCUGGAUGAUCUACAACCAAAUGAGAUAACUCCAACACCCUUAGCCAGGAGAUUGGCUUAUCUGGAUAAACUCACAGCGGCUAGCGCCACCCUGGAGAUCAAAGAGGUGGAGACGAAGGAUGCAACGGAUAUUACAAAGCCGGACCUUAUAGUGGAUAAAGAUGGAGAUACUCCUAUGGAAUCAAAUCCGGAAAUUCGGGAUGGGAAUACUUUGGAUAGAUUCAUUGUUGAUUAUCUCCUCCGGUCUGGACGAAUGAAAGCUGCUCGAGCUCUAGCCGAGAAAGAGAAUAUUGAGCAUCUAUGCGAUAUCAAACUAUUUGCCGAACUCGUCAAGAUUGAAAAUGCCCUGCUGGAGAGACAUUCAUGCACUGAAGCACUCGCGUGGUGUGGAGAAAACCGAGGUACUCUCAAGAAGACCAAAAAUAAUCUCGAAUUCACUCUGCGAAUGCAAGAAUUCAUCGAGUUGUGUCGGAAAAGAGAUAUAGCCGGAGCUAUCGCCUAUUCCCGCAAGAGUCUGUCCCCGUGGGCUGGUACACACAUGGUGGAGUUACGUCAAGCCAUGACUCUCCUAGCCUUUGGUGAACGGACAGGUGUCAAUGUAUACAGGUCUUUAUAUGAACCUUCUCGUUGGGACUUUGUUCGAGCUCAAUUCAGAGAUACUUUCCUCACACUCUACGCAUUACCCUCUCAAUCUCUUCUCGCACUCUCACUCUCAGCGGGUUUAUCUUCCCUUCGUGUACCUGCUUGCGCACCAUACAAGCCAGCAUCACCCACGAGAUCAACUUCUUCCCCUGUAUUGCCAUCGGGCUCCAUGUCCAUACACGGUCUUGAUGCUGCUUUAGGUUUACCUGCGGGAGAUGCUCCCAUGUCAUUGGAUUCUAUCCUAGCUGCAGUCAGGGGAAACUUGGGACAGAAUGAGAACAGGAAAGAAAAAGAGAAGGAAGUGGAUCAAUCUGGGAAUAUCGAUUGUCCCACAUGUGCAGAAAAUAUGAAGGUGUUGGCGGCUGAAGUUCCGCUGAGUCAUCAUAUGAACUCUACCAUUGUGUGUAGGAUAAGUGGAGAGGUUAUGGACAGUCAGAAUGGUCCGAUGGCUUUCCCAAACGGAUACGUGUAUUCUUACAAUGCCCUUGCCGCAAUGGCGAAGAAUAACUUUGGAAUUGUGACUUGUCCUCGGACCAAAGAAACGUGCCAAUUCACAAAGUUACGCAAAGUGUACAUCUCAUAA